AUGGAUCAUGGAUGCCAACCACCACGGACGUUUCAAGCGAGGCACUCGUGUCGACUGUGGUUCGUUUUCACCGUCUCAGUGGCGUGCGUCGUCGUCGGAUCGCGCGGGGCGUCGUACGGAACGUACGAGAACGACGGCGGUGUCACUCGGGAGCGGCGCGCGGAUCGUGCGCGACGACCGGCUAUAGAGUCUAGAUCAUCCUUGAGCGAAGUGACUCGUGAAACGUACGAGCGCGCACGAACGGUCUUCGAGGAAUUUUUAAAUGAGCGGAGCGCGCAGUGCGGGCGCGCGUUCACGGAGACGCGCACGCACUUUGGCGCUCCCGUGGAAACACCUCCAUACCCUGGGGGACCUCCUCCUGGUACCGGUGCGGUGCUCACAGAGAUGGUGCGAGCUGCGGCGGCGGCGUGGCAUAGAAACAUGUCGUACGUGAUGCGUGGUAAAUGGGCGUUGGUUUCGGAUAGCGACUGCGCUGAGGCAGAGUUUCAAGGAUUUGCCUGCAUGUUCCCAGGAUUGUCGCGCUCGUGUCGAGCCUUGGAAGGUGAAAACCCGAUGUUGAAUUUACAAGACGCGCAAGACUUCUGGCGUCACUGGAGCAAAAAUCUCAGCGUUGAUGCGAUUUUUUUAUUUGGGCUCGCCGCGGAUGCGCUGACAGACGUCCGUCGCGCGAGCGUCAAAGUGAAGAGUUUUCUCGAACACGACCUAUCGAGUGCAUUAGCGGGAUCUGAGAGCGAAGGAAUCGCAGUCGGUAUACAUUUUCGCAACCGUGGAGAUAUCAGACUCGAUGGGAGAUUGAGGAUACCUCUGGAGCGUUACGUCGAAUCACGAUGGACUGGAUGUUCGCGAGCUCAACGAGCGUUUUCCCGGUCGUUCGUACGAAUUCCGAAUGAUCAAGCGUUUGUGGGCACCAGCGACCGCCACAAACCUGUGGCAGACGACGACGACGGCGACGGCGGGUGGUUUGAAGUUUGA